AAAAAAGGAGAAAAGAAGAGAGAGAUAUAGAGAGAGAGAGAGAGAGGUGGAACGCGGCCUCUCCCAUCUCUGCGCUCCGAUCUCUCCCAUCUCUCCGCUCUCCUUUCCAGCCAGCGCAAGAAAGGAGGAGUCCGAAAGCGACAAGCGGCCGUCGGCGGCGACGGAAGUCGAACGGCCGGGAUCGGCGGGGAUCCGAGAGGCCUCAAGCAUCCAGGCAUAUCGUGAAGCACAACUGUCAUAGCUGCACCAAAAAGGGAAGAAAAAGAAACAACUACAGUGCUUUUCCUCUGUUCACCAAGAAGGGAGUUGGGCACAGUGGACAGCUUUUCUUGAUAGGAACACAAAGGAAGCUUGAGUCCACAGAGCAAAUAAGAUAGGCUGCACUGGUAUAUGGUUUCUUUAUUUGUUAGAAUAUCUUCUCUCUGUUUGAGUGUGUCAAGAUACUGUUCAAAAUUCAGCGGCCAGGAUCAGGGAGCGACUUACCCCAGGUUGGGGAGUUUGCUCCUUUCCCUGUGACCCGGAGGAUGAAUUCUUCACAUGCUGUUGCAAUGGAUGAUGAAAUGGAAAAUGGAAUGGGGUCAUAUCAGGAGAGGCCAAGGACUUUUCCCUCCAUGCGGAGUAAAUCAUAUGCCCCUUGGAUUGUUCGGAUAUUUAUGGGAAUUAAUCCCCGUGGCUUAUUUGUUCUAUUGCUCUUGGCAUUUGGAGCUGUAUUUUACGUUGGAGCCAGUACUUCACCAAUUAUUGUCUUCGUGCUUUCUAUCUGUAUCAUCAGCUUCUUCUUCUCCAUUUAUCUCGCAAAGUGGGUUCUUGCAAAGGAUGAGGGCCCCCCUGAAAUGUCUCAGAUAUCAGAUGCCAUACGAGAUGGGGCGGAAGGUUUUUUCAGGACACAAUAUGGAACCAUUUCCAAGAUGGCAAUAUUACUAGCCCUUGUGAUCCUCGGCAUAUAUCUAUUUCGUACUACUACUCCACAACAAGAGUCAUCUGGCCUAGGAAGGUCGACAUCUGCGUACAUUACAGUUGCUGCUUUUCUUCUAGGGGCUCUUUGUUUCAGAGUUUCCAGUGCUGCUAGACGUUCUGCAAGGGAGGCAUUGCAGAUUGCUGUACGUGCUGGUGGUUUCUCAGCCAUUGUUGUCGUUGGCAUGGCUGUAAUAGGUGUGGCAGUCUUAUAUGCGACAUUUUACGUUUGGCUGGGGGUUGAUUCACCUGGUUCAAUGAAGGUUACAGACUUGCCUCUCUCCUUGUUGGAUAUGGUUUUGGUGCCUCAUUUGUUGCCCUUUUUGCCCAAUUGGGUGGUGGAAUAUACACUAAAAGCAGCUGAUGUUGGAGCUGAUCUUGUUGGUAAAGUGGAGCAGGGAAUACCCGAAGAUGAUCCUCGAAAUCCUGCUGUGAUUGCAGACUUGGUAUUUUAA